AGCGCCGGGAGGGAGGAGCUGUCGACGUCGCCACCGCCUAGCCGUCGUCACUGCCGCGGCUAUUGUGACUUCCCAGAGUGUGAGAGCUUGGAGGCUGCGAGUGUAGACUUCUCGCUGCCACAGUCUCCGGAGCUCCGGAGGUUUAACCACCGCACGGAACAGCCAGACAGGAAUUUAAAGAAGAAACGGAAAUGGAUCCAAGCAUGGGUGUGAGUUCUGUCACCAUUUCUGUAGAGGGUAUGACAUGCAAUUCCUGCGUUCGGACCAUUGAGCAGCAGCUUGGGAAACUGAAUGGUGUUCACCACAUCAGAGUUUCAUUAGAAGAAAAGAAUGCAACUAUUAUUUAUGACCCUAAAAUACAUACUCCAAAGACUCUACAAGAAGCCAUCGAUGACAUGGGCUUUGAUGCUAUUCUCCAGAAUUCUAACCCACUCCCAGUUUUAACUAAUACUGUAUUUCUGACUGUUACUGCUCCACUGGCUCCACCGUGGGACCAUAUCCAAAGUACAUUGCUCAAGACCAAGGGUGUGACUGACAUUAAAAUUUCCCCUCAGCAAAGAACUGCAGUAGUGACAAUAAUCCCUUCUAUAGUGAGUGCCAGUCACAUAAUAGAGUUGGUUCCUGACCUCAGUUUAGAUAUUGGAACUCAGGAGAAAAAGCCAGGAAUCUGUGAAGACCCCAGCAUGACUCAAGCAGGUGAAGUCAUGCUGAAGAUGAAGGUGGAGGGUAUGACCUGCCACUCAUGCACAAGCACCAUUGAAGGAAAAAUUGGGAAACUGCAAGGUGUUCAGCGAAUUAAAGUCUCCCUGGACAAUCAAGAAGCUACUAUUGUUUAUCAGCCUCAUUUGAUCACUGUAGAGGAAAUAAAGAAACAGAUUGAAGCAGCAGGCUUCCCAGCAUUUGUCAAAAAACAGCCCAAGUACCUGAAAUUGGGAGCUAUUGAUGUCGAGCGCCUAAAGAACACACCAGUGAAAUCUCCAGAAGGAUCUCAGCAAAGGAGUCCCUCACACACCAGUGAUUCUACAGCUAUUUUCAUCAUAGAUGGCAUGCAUUGUAAAUCAUGUGUGUCAAAUAUCGAAAGUGCUUUCUCUACACUCCAAUAUGUAAGCAGCAUUGUCGUUUCUUUAGAGAAUAGGUCUGCCACUGUAAAAUACAAUGCAAGUUCAGUAACUCCAGAAACUCUGAGAAAAGCAAUAGAGGCUGUCUCACCAGGACAAUAUAGAGUUAGCAUUGCAAGUGAAGUUGAGAGUACUUCCAACUCUCCCUCUGCCACUUCUCCUCAAAAGACACCUUUGAAUACAGUUAGCCAGCCUCUGACUCAGGAAACCCUGAUAAACAUUGUUGGCAUGACUUGUAAUUCCUGUGUGCAGUCUAUUGAGGGGGUCAUAUCAAAAAAGCCAGGUGUGAAAUCCAUCCGCGUCUCCCUAGCAAACAGCAAUGGGACUGUGGAGUAUGAUCCUCUACUCACUUCUCCAGAGACCUUGAGAGAAGCAAUAGAAGACAUGGGAUUUGAUGCCACCUUAUCAGCAGACCUCAGUGAGCCAUUGGUAGUGAUAGCUCAGCCCUCAUCGGAAAUGUCACUUUUGCCUUCAGCGAAUGAAUCAGAUAAAAUGAUGACACCAGUACACAACAAGGAAGACACAAAGGCUUCUUCUAAGUGUUAUAUACAGGUCACUGGCAUGACUUGUGCCUCUUGUGUAGCAAACAUUGAACGGAAUUUAAGGCGAGAAGAAGGAAUACAUUCUGUGCUUGUGGCCCUGAUGGCUGGUAAGGCAGAAGUGAGGUAUAAUCCUACUGUUAUACAACCCUCAAUGAUAGCAGAGUUAAUCCGAGAGCUUGGAUUUGGAGCCACUGUGAUUGAAAAUGCCGAUGAAGGAGAUGGUAUUUUGGAACUUGUUGUAAGAGGAAUGACUUGUGCUUCCUGUGUACAUAAAAUAGAAUCUACUCUUACAAAGCACCGAGGGAUCUUCUACUGCUCUGUGGCCCUGGCAACUAACAAAGCACAUGUUAAAUAUGAUCCAGAAAUUAUUGGUCCUAGAGACAUUAUCCACACAAUUGAAAGCUUAGGUUUUGAAGCUUCUUUGGUCAAGAAGGAUCGGUCAGCAAGUCACCUAGACCAUAAACGAGAAAUUAGACAAUGGAGACGAUCAUUCCUUGUAAGCCUGUUUUUCUGUAUUCCUGUGAUGGGGUUGAUGAUAUAUAUGAUGGCUAUGGACCACCACCUUGCCACUCUGCAUCAUAAUCAGAACAUAAGCAAUGAAGAAAUGAUCAACAUCCAUUCUUCAAUGUUCCUGGAACGCCAAAUCCUGCCAGGACUGUCCAUUAUGAAUUUGCUGUCGUUUUUAUUGUGCAUACCAGUACAGUUUUGUGGAGGUUUGUACUUCUACAUUCAGGCUUACAAAGCACUGAAGCAUAAGACAGCGAACAUGGACGUGCUGAUUGUGCUGGCCACCACCAUUGCAUUUGCCUAUUCGCUGAUUAUUCUCCUAGUGGCCAUGUAUGAGAGAGCCAAAGUGAACCCUAUUACCUUCUUUGACACCCCUCCUAUGCUUUUUGUAUUUAUUGCACUGGGCCGGUGGCUGGAACACAUAGCAAAGGGCAAAACAUCAGAGGCUCUUGCAAAGCUAAUUUCACUACAAGCUACAGAAGCAACUAUUGUAACUCUUAACUCGGAAAAUAUCCUCCUGAGUGAAGAACAGGUGGAUGUGGAGCUUGUACAACGUGGAGAUAUCAUUAAGGUUGUUCCAGGAGGCAAAUUUCCAGUGGAUGGUCGUGUUAUUGAAGGACAUUCUAUGGUUGACGAGUCUCUCAUCACAGGAGAGGCAAUGCCUGUGGCUAAAAAACCUGGCAGCACGGUGAUCGCUGGUUCCAUUAACCAGAAUGGGUCCAUACUUAUCCGUGCCACGCAUGUUGGAGCAGACACAACCCUUUCUCAAAUUGUCAGACUUGUGGAGGAGGCACAGACAUCAAAGGCUCCUAUCCAGCAGUUUGCAGACAAACUCAGUGGCUACUUUGUUCCUUUUAUCGUCUUUGUUUCCAUUGCUACCCUUGUGGUAUGGAUUAUAAUUGGAUUUCAGAAUUUCGAAAUUGUGGAAACCUACUUUCCUGGCUACAAUAGAAGUAUCUCCCGAACAGAAACAAUAAUACGCUUUGCUUUCCAAGCCGCCAUCACAGUUCUGUGUAUUGCAUGUCCCUGUUCCCUGGGACUGGCCACUCCAACUGCUGUGAUGGUGGGGACAGGAGUAGGUGCUCAAAAUGGCAUACUUAUCAAAGGUGGAGAGCCAUUGGAGAUGGCCCAUAAGGUAAAGGUAGUAGUCUUCGACAAGACUGGAACCAUUACCCAUGGAACUCCAGUGGUGAAUCAAGUAAAGAUUCUAGUGGAAAGUAACAGGAUGCCUCGCAGUAGGAUCCUGGCCAUUGUGGGAACUGCUGAGAGCAGCAGUGAGCACCCUCUAGGAACAGCGGUAACCAAGUACUGCAAACAGGAGCUGGACACUGAAACCUUGGGUACCUGUACAGAUUUCCAGGUUGUCCCAGGCUGUGGCAUUAGCUGCAAAGUCACCAAUAUUGAAGGCUUGAUCCAUAAGAACAACUGGAAGAUAGAGGAAAAUAACAUUAAAAAUGCAUCCCUUGUUGACAUUGAUUCAAGUAAUGAACUGCCAACUUCGUCUUCUAUGAUCAUUGAUGCCCAAUACUCAAAUACUGUUAAUACACAGCAGUACAAAGUCCUCAUUGGCAAUCGGGAGUGGAUGAUUAGAAAUGGUCUUGUUAUUAGUAAUGAUGUUGAUGAUUACAUGAUUGAACAUGAAAGGAGAGGUCGGACUGCUGUAUUGGUGGCAGUGGAUGAUGAACUAUGUGGCUUAAUCGCCAUUGCUGACACAGUGAAGCCCGAGGCAGAAUUGGCUGUCCAUAUUCUGAAGUCUAUGGGCUUAGAAGUAGUUUUGAUGACUGGAGACAACAGCAAAACUGCUAGAUCAAUUGCUUCUCAGGUUGGGAUUACCAAGGUGUUUGCUGAAGUUCUGCCUUCCCACAAAGUGGCUAAGGUGAAGCAACUUCAAGAGGAAGGCAAGCGGGUAGCAAUGGUUGGAGAUGGAAUUAAUGACUCCCCAGCUCUGGCCAUGGCAAAUGUUGGAAUUGCCAUUGGCACAGGCACAGAUGUAGCCAUCGAAGCAGCUGAUGUGGUUUUGAUAAGGAAUGAUCUUCUGGAUGUUGUGGCGAGUAUUGACUUAUCAAGAAAGACUGUCAAGAGAAUUCGGAUAAAUUUUGUCUUUGCUCUAAUUUAUAAUCUGAUUGGAAUUCCCAUAGCUGCUGGAGUUUUUAUGCCCAUUGGUUUGGUUUUGCAACCCUGGAUGGGAUCUGCAGCAAUGGCCGCAUCAUCUGUUUCUGUGGUUCUUUCUUCUCUCUUCCUCAAACUAUACCGGAAACCAACUUAUGAGAACUAUGUACUGCCUGCCCGGAGCCAAUUAGGACAGAAGAGCCCUUCGGAAAUCAGCAUUCACGUUGGGAUAGAUGACGCUUCAAGAAAUUCUCCUAAACUGGGUUUACUAGACCGGAUUGUUAAUUACAGCAGAGCCUCCAUAAACUCACUACUGUCUGAUAAACGUUCCCUAAACAGCGUGGGGACGAGUGAAGCAGACAAGCACUCCCUUCUGGUGGGGGACUUCAGGGAAGAUGACGACACCACGUUAUAGAAAGCGCCAGAGGAGGCUGCUGUUGAAAUUGUUAUGCACUGACAUUCAGCACAUCAUCUUGAAUUUUCAAACUCUUAUGGAAAGACUUUAUGUUGGUUUCUGGCUCUUAUAUAACAGAAUCAAUUUUGAUUGCAAUUGUUACAUGGCGGGGAAAUAUCACCAUCAGGACACAAGUUCUGAACCUAGCUUUAUCAAAAUGAGUGACCAGCAUGUUUUGUUUUCACUAAUGACAGACUAAGGGUAGAGCAGUGCAAUUGAAAACAAGAUCUUCCAUUAGAGAUUGCCCAGUGGCUGCUAAGGUAAUAGAUUCUUUUUUCUUCUUGACCAAAAUAAAA